AACGCCGAUCCAAAGGAAAAUAGAACUGUACAAUGAAAGUGGAGUAAAAAGUAGGUGUAAUAGUGGAAACUAACAAAAGGGCAUAGAAAAGCAAAGUCAGGGGAAGAAAAAAACAGAAAAUCACAUCAGUUCAGGGUGAAGUGUAUAAGUGUGCACUGUGAAGUAAUUAUAAGUGCAUGGUGUGAAGUAUAGAAGUAUUGAGAAAGGCUCGAGGACCUAAGAAGCGAUACAAAGCGGAACAGGUUAAACGAAGAAGAAGAAGAAGGAGUAGGGUGACUGGGUGACUCUCGACACCAAGUUCAAGUUCAAGUUCAGACCAAGAGUGACAAUGUGACAUCAAGAUCAAGUGAGUGACGUAAGGCCGCACGGUGUCAUAGGUCGCAGUAACUUAGAUCUCCCUGGUAACCCAAGUUCCACACAGGGGAAGCAAAAUCCAGAAUAGGCCUAACCUCAGAAAUAUACAAGGAAGACAGGAACCUAGCUGACCGACAGACAGUGGACGUCAACAGGAAAUUGAGGAGUGCAUCCGUAAGCUUCACGAACGCCAGGAAGUGGAAUUAUUGAAAUCAUUAGAAGAUGAUCUGAAAGAGUGAAAGCUUUAUUGAAAUACAAGAGAAGUGAAAUAACAAAACACUGAGCCAGUGUGGUUAUGAACACUUAAGUGUUAAUGUUUUGUGUAAAUAUAUCAAGAAACCUAUUUUGAAUCUUACUGUAUAUUCCUGUUUACAUAGAUUUUAGGCCAAUUGAAAAUUAAACUUGGCCCUCAAAACUUACCAUUGUACUGAACACAGUGUAUAUAUGAAGACCAAGUUCCAGUGCUAUUGUGUAUAUAUUAGAGCAGAAUAAUAAUCACAGUUUUGAUGAGCAGACAUUGACUCAGUCAGUCUUAGAUUCAGACAAAAAGGAGCAAGAACAUCAUGAAAGGCCAUGGAGUUAUUGUUAAGUAUUCCCAGCUGGUGGAUGGAAGCAGGGAGGAACUCAGCUGCUCAGGAAUCUACCUAGGACAUGGAGUUAUCCUUACCCACGGUACAUUACUUGUUGAUCUCCUUAAGGACAAGAGAGCUGAGCCAGUCAUUCAUCAGUUGUCAUCAAAGGGUUACUGUGCAAAAGUAAAACAUCAACCUGAUGUUCUUAAUUCUGCUUUCAAAGAUGUUCAUGGAAAAUGUCAAGUUAUUUUGCCAUCUAAGAAGUCUGAGAGAGAGGCUGUUUCUGUUGACUGUGAUCCCUGUAACUCCUCUGAACUAGAACCAUAUAAUAAGAGUUAUCCAAAGAAUCAGAGUAAGAUACAUGGUUCUGGCAGAUACCUUUUACCUCAGACUGAGUCAGACAGUUUUUUGUCAGUAGAUGCUGAUAUUGACAGAAUUUUUCUUCAACAUGGUAUUCAAGAGUGCAUGGCCAGUCUCAUGCCAACCUCACAGGGCUGGAAACUACUUGAGGAAGACCAGAGUUCCAUACCUCCUAACCAAGAAAAGCUUAUCAUGUCUACAUUUGUGCUUCUUACUUUAUCAGAAAAUGAAAAAUUCAGUUGGAUAAGUGAGGAAGGUGAUAACAUUGUGAUAAAAACAGUUAGUGAAAUGUUAUCCCACUCCAUCUCCGUCAAUAAAGGCAAUUUUAUUUAUAUUGAAAGUUCUCCUUUUGGCUCUGCCUCCCCUAACAUUUUUCUGAACUCACUGAGUCAUGGCAUCAUUUGCAACGCUAGUCCAGAGAUUGGGGAAGUCUUACUCACAGAUGCACGGUGCAUCACAGGCUCUGAGGGUGCUCCAGUCUUUGCAGUGGUAAAUGGACAAAGGCAUCCAUGUGCCAUAGUUAUGAGUCCCUUCUGUUGGCGAGGAGGGGAAUGGCUUGGUUUAACUCUGUUAGCGUCAUUGGGUCCUGUGCUGCAGACUCUUCUCCAGUCCUACAAUUCUCUACCUAAGAAUAUUCCAACACUCAAGAACCUUAACCAAACCAUCACUAGAACAGCAGCAUCAAGUAAACCUGAACAGAGAAGGGAACUAGUGGACAAGGAUUUUAUGAAAGGGCUUCUACAGGAUGUAACCAAUAGUGUGGUCUGCAUCAAGUGUGGAGAUGGAUGGGGCAGUGGACUGGUGAUAUCCACCUCCCCAGGGAUCAUCCUUACCUGUGCCCAUGUUGUCAACAAAGCCAUUGAUAAAAUGGUUACUGUCUUGCUGUCAGAGGGCAGAAGGAUACAGGGCAAAGUGAUCCACCAAACGAGUCCUCUUAUCACUUGCCAGGAAGGUCCACAACCUCCACCAGCUGGGUACAGCAUGUGGGACCUGGCAGUGGUGGCCACACCCUCUCCUCUUCCACAUGCCCUUCCGCUAGCUACAAGUCUUCCUCAACAAGGUGUUGGAAUAAUAGUGGCAGGAUAUGGAAUGUUUCCUCCAUGGAUCCUACCUUCUGCAACCUUAUCCAGAGGUGUGAUUUCUAAAGUGGUCUCUCUUCCCUCUGCAUCUCUUGAUAUACCAUCACAUUUAACCAGUAACAGAUACUCCAGAGAGAAAAUGCCUGGUGUAAACAGUAACAGUGAUGCUUCACUGAAAACUGUGGACACCAAUCAUCAUAAUUUUAAUGCCACAAGACACACUGAUGACACCCAUGAGGCAUCACAUGCACUGAUGCAGCUGGGUAAUCUUCCAACUGGGAGAAUCAACAAGUGUGUCCCUGUCCCUGUAGUAAUGCAGACGACUUGUGCUGUAUAUGCAGGAGGAAGUGGUGGGCCAGUUGUUGCUGUUCACCCUUCACAUGGGCUGCAAGUGGUGGGUGUUGUUGUGUGCAAUAUGCGGGACUCCAAUAACAUCACUUUUCCUAAUGUCAACUUAGCAAUCCCCAUCCCUACCAUUGCCACCAUCCUCAAUACAUUUUUGAAGACUGGAGAUGAGACAGUGCUACUGUACCUUGAUGUUGAGUGUACAGCCGGUUCUCACCUUUGGGGACUAACUCAUCCAUCAAGGUCACAUCUGUAAACACAGCCAUGGCAGGGCAUGAGGAACACCUGCUCUACUGCUACUGCAUUAAAUAAUGCAUUGAAGGUGCAAUUAUCUCAGGGUUGUCUAAUGUUCUCAUGUUAUUAUUAAUUAAUAUUAUUUUUAUAGUAGGGGAUCCCUAAUCCACAGUAAAUUACAUUACUAAACCAUUUUGCAUGCAAAACAAUAUCACUUAUAGCAGACUACAUAUAUUUGUCUCAUGUCGGUACCACAGCUAUCAUUAGAAAGAUCUUAGAUGGAAAGUUGGGGAGUGUAGUUUAAAUGAUAAACAAUUUACAAAAUAUUUCAAGUUUAUUAGUAAAGCACAUCAAUCAAUACGAAUAUAAGGAGACUACAAGAGGCCUGACAGCCUACAAGUGGCAGCUCCUAAGGAUACACAAGGAACCUCAUACUUUCACCUACUAAGCUCUUACCUUUCACUGGCAUUCUACCCAAACAAAACCCUGCCUGUAUAUUGUUGCACUAGGGAUCUCCACUCUUUAACUUUGACAUUUUAUGUAUUAAGAGCUAUUCAAGACAGGUGAUAUUGAUCAGCAAAGCCUCAAUGGUAUUGCAGUAUUCCUUGUAAUUAUAAUAGCCCGGAGCCUACUAAAAUCAAUAUGUUGACCCUACGGCUCUAUGCUCUUAUAGCCGAGAUUCCUGCUUCCGUCACCAUAUCCAAGUCUUGCAGCUACAGCCAUGUUCAGUGUCUGGUAUACAAUGUGGAGCUUCUUAAUUUUUUCUUUUCAUUUUUACAUUUUAAGAUUUAUACUAUUCUGUUCACCUGAUACCCCAUCCCCUAUCCGGCAUGAGUUUCCCCCCAUUCUACUACUUGCAUAGUCUGUGAACAACUCAGGCUAGAACCCUGCUCAACGAGUUGUUUCUGUAAGAGACAAUCCCAAAAGGAGGAGGCCAAAGGGAUGAAUACAGAGUUCAAGGCUGAGCAAGUCGAUAGAUUUUUGAUGGGUCCAUGAGAUAAUAGGAUGGGAAAGGGUCUGCAUGAAGGAACCCAUGAGUUUGGUGUCACAGGCUGGGCAAGGCGUAUGCCCCUAUUGACAUUCUUUUAGCACGAUUAUGAACGAACCUAUUCAUAUGAAAGGCAGGUAACAACUAUGAUCCUGAUGACUCUCCAUUGUUGCAAACUAUUAAAUGUAUGAUAAAUAUAUUUACAGAAAACUAA